UUUUAACAAUUGAACAUUGAGCGGUGGAGUUAAGAGCACGUAAAAAGGCCUCGACAGCACUGGCUGUUACAGCGCGAAAAGGAGGGCGGGGAGAGGCAAGGCAAGCGUGAGGAGCCACGGGAAAGCGUUUGCUGUCGAGAAACUCAAUCCGAGCUAAACUUUUCCCUCGUCCCCGCCCCGCAGGACUUGGCAGCCAUCCGCUCCAGGACUGCCAUGGCCGACGGCUUCGGAUUGGCGCUGGCCCUGCUAGCCUCGGCCCUACUGGGCUUCCAAGAGGGGAUGACCGAGCAGGAGCUGCGCUUCAAACCCGCACCCCGCCACAGACCCGUGCGGCUUUUCACCGAAUCCGAGCUGGCGAGAUACAACGGGCAGGAGGAGGAUCAACCUAUUUAUAUAGCUGUGAAAGGUGUGGUGUUUGAUGUCACGGCUGGAAAAGAGUUUUAUGGGAAAGGAGCACCAUACAAUGCGCUUGUUGGCAAAGACUCCACACGAGGAAUUGCAAAGAUGUCACUUGAUCCAGUGGAUCUCACACAUGAUACAAUGGGACUAACAGAAGAGGAGCUGCAGUCUCUGGAUGACACAUUCAAUAAUGUCUACAAAGCCAAAUAUCCUAUUGUUGGCUAUACUGCCCAAAGAAUUCUCAAUGAAGAUGGCAGCCCUAAUCCAAACUUCAAACCUGAAGAUCAGCCACACUUCGUCAUUAAGGAUGAGUUUUGACCAAUGACUUUGCAAUCUGAGAUGCUGUCCUGCAUUAUGAUAGAAAAUAGACAAAAACUGGCUGUAUGGCUGACAACAGGGAGAACCCUUGAAAAAUGAAUAGUGUAGUGUGCCUAUAACUGUAUGUAUUUUUAACGUCUUUGAGGGUAAAACUAAAUACCAAAUGCUUACUUCACUUUUAUUAUGCUCCUGCAGUUGGUGAACCAGUAAUGUUGUGCUGCUUGUGAACUUUAUCCAAGUGCAGUCCUCCCUGUUCCCCUCAAAAAUAUUGCAUGCCAGUGCCUUUCUAUCUGCCUCUUGAUUGGCUAACUAAAUGCCAGUCUUUAUGAGAAGGACAGCAUCCAGUAGCUACUGGGGUAUUUGCAAUCUCUAGAUAUUUUCCCCUUUCCAUCCUAGCAUAGGACUAAUGUGAAUCCCAUAGGUAGAACAUGAUUUAUAUUCAUAAGAAAGGUACUGCAUGUGUGCACACAGCAUACACAUUGGGCAGUGUCAAUUUUCCAGUUUGGGCUAUAACCUGAGAUCUGUGACAAAACGUUGCAGUAUGGAGUGUUCCAGUUUUAUGGGGCCAGCCAGCCAGCCAUGUCAUCUUGAAAGAUACUCCAUUCCAUUUGCCCACUUUUCUGUUUUUCUCCACCAACAGUCAGUCAGCAUUCUGCACCCACUGAGCAUGCUCAGUCCUCAGAGGGCUGUGUUUGUGGUUCUUUUCCAUUUCUGCAAACCUUGGAGUAACUCGAGCCUGUUCAUACCCUUCUUCUCUUAUUUUAGACUUAUUGUAUUUAUUUACUACCUUCCUAAACUGCCCAAUAGCUGAAGCUCUCUGGGCGGUUUGAAUCCUCCUGGGCGUGGACUGGCAUGGCCUACAUAAGGAUCCAUACAGAGAAUGAGUUCACUAUUAGAGGAAUAUUUAAAACUGGAACUCCUUGGAGAGAUGCUUUCAGAGGCCUCUACAGCUGAAGAAAAACAGCAAGAGAUGACAGUCACUAUCAUGUUUGUGAGCUUCCUGCGAGCAUAUGUCUGGCAACUGCUAGAGACACUGCACUGGACUGAAUGUUCUUAAGUAGAUCCAGAAAUGUCUUUUUUUGUCACUUCUGCAGAGAUAAAGAAUGAUGUGCAAUGGAAGAACCCUACAUAGAAUCUCCAGAUUUCAUGGUUUACAUCAUCAUCAUCAUCAUCAUAUUUUCAUCAUUACAGCAAAUUCAUUAUCCCCACCCUGAUGGAGUGCAGAUAUGUGAAUGGAUCAGUAACAGGCUGAAGACUUGAGCAGCAAGGUGGAAUCUGAGGCCCUUCAGGUGUUGUUGGACUCCAACUGCCAUCAGCCUCGCCCUUGGCUAGCACGAUCAGAGAUUAUGACAUAAAGUUACAUAGCAACCUAGGAAACUACCUUAUACUGAGUCAGACCCACUGGUACAUCUAGUGCAGCACUGUCUACACUGAGUGGCAGUGACUUUCUGGGUUUUGAGGCAGGGAGCCUCUCCCAGUCCUAUCUGGAGAUGCAGGAGAUUGAACCUGGGACCUGCAUGCAAGGUAGAUGCUCUACCACUGAGCUACGGCCCUUCUCCAAACGCCUGGAGAGCCGCAGAUUCUCCAUUCCUCACUUCGAGCGUGUGGACUGUGCAGGUCAGAUGAGCACUGAAUACAUACCAUACAGAUACACGAACCUCGGUUCCAGAAUUGUACUAAGGUCUACAUACUUUUAAAGUCAUGAUUAUUUCAUCGUGACUUCAAUAUUUCCAGCCCCUUUAGCCGGAGAUUAAUUUGUAGUUUAAAAUAUCUGUGUGUUGUCAUCUUAAAUAUAAAUUUGUUCCCUGUCUUUUACUACUGUCUCUCUAUGGCUUGAUCAUAUUUUAUUUACUUCAGUACUCUGGAGAGAAGGUUGUGUUGUGGGUUUUUUGGUUUGUUUUUUGCCUCCUAGUUAACCUAAUUUACAUCAUCUCUUGUUUCUACCAGGGAAAGGCCAGCCCAUAUCCAUCUGUCAGAGUCCUAUUAGCAAAUCUCUCUGGCCUUAAUUUGCAUCGCUGCUGGAGAACAUUAGUACUUAUGCUAGACAAAUUGAUGUUAACCGCAGAGUUGUGGUAGCCUAAAGAGAUUGUGUUGUGUUAUGUUGCUUUAUCUGACAGGCUCAAUUAGCGGUAUGGCACUGAGCAGCCACUCAAAAUUCUCCAAAGAGAGCGUGUUCUCUUGAGUUUACCUCCCUGCUGCUUGAUUUCAAAGAGUAUUUGAUAAUACAUCCCUCUCAGGGGAACACGAACACACGCACACACAGAGAGAUUAAAAAAUGUGCUCCUAAGGAACAUUAAAUAAAACCUGUGAAACUCCCUCCCAACAGAGAUUAGACAGGCACCCUCCUUGCUGAACUUCAGCCACACAAUGAAAACGUUCUUAUUCCAACAAACAUUUUAAGGUAGUAUUUGGUUUUAUGAUGAAUUGUUCUUGUUGUCUUUUCUGUAUGGUUCAUUUUUAUGUAUGCUGCUUAGAAAUGCUAAUGAUUACAUGGUACUGUAUAUAAAUGUCUUAAAUAAAUAAAUGAGAGGAAAGUUACAUGAGAGCUAGUAUACAAUCAAAACUGGAUUUUGAUCCAAGAAAACCCCUGCUUUGGAUAUCGUGUUAGCUAUAGGAAGCUGCCGUGUGCCAGGUCAGGCUGCUUGUCCUAGUUCUGUCUACUUUUAACUAGAAGCAACUGUUUCAAGUGUCAUGGGAGGAAAAACCUUUGUCUAAUGUCAGAACCCAGGGCCCUCCAGUGAAGUUGAAUGGUGUGAUAUAGGAGAGACCAAAAAGGAGUAGUUCGUCACAAACCCCAAACUGUAGCGAUGGCUGCCGACUUGGAACAGCUUUAAAAUGGGAUUGGACAUAUCUUUGGAGGAUAAGGCUUUCAAGGGCUACCAGUCACAAUGGCUAUGUACUGCCUCCAGUUUCAAAGGUAAUAUGCCUCUGACUACCAGUCGCUGGGGAUCACAAUCAGGAGAACACUCUUCAGCAGCAGACAGCGUGGUGGGGCUGCACUGCUCACCUGACCUCUGUCUAGCUGAGUCACUGCAACAUAUGGCGAUGGAGAGGGGAGGGUCAUGACAAGGUCAGUGUGGUGCAGACACACCAGUAGGAGUGGCAAAUUAACUCCGAUGGUGCAUUUGAACUGGGCUGGCCUUGCUGCCUCCAGACCCCUCUCAUUCACCAUCCUGGUAUGCUGCAGCAACUCUGUUGGACAGAGGUCAGUUGAUGUCAGGCCCAGGAUGUGACUCAGGAACCAGACCAACGGCUGUAGUUAAUUCGUGUUUUAUUAGGGUAAUGUCCAAACAAAGACUGCGUUUUCUCAUGAAGCAAUACAGGGAUACAGGUCCUGCGGCAUUGGGAGAAAGUUGACAGAGCAAGGGACUUCUUCCCGCCUGUUCUUUAAGAAGGGGCCAAACGGGCGCGCAAUCUUUCGCUCCUCCUUAACUGCCCCUCAGGUACUGCCCGCCUUCCCCCCCUUCUCUCCUGUCUUUUCAGCUGUCUGCGUGUGCGCGGUGAGGGGGGAAGCAUCACCCCCUCCUCUUCUGAAGUUUCCGAUUCCAGGAUGGGGGAUAGGGGAGGGGCUGAUGGUAAACUGCCUCCCCGCUUUUCGGCUGUGAGCAGCCCUCCCUCUUUCCCCUCUUGCUCUGAGCCUGAAAGAGGGGGAGGCGUGAGAAUGUCCAGGGAGGGCUCAGGCUCCCUGUCGCUAAGCGACCUUAUCACUGGCAGUUCCUCUGUUUCGUCUUCGCUCCAAAGGGGGGAAGUUCCUCCCCCUUCCCUCUGCCAUCCAUCUGAAUACUCUUCUCCCAACUCUUCGGGAUCCAGCUCCCCGGGAUUGGGACCCCAGCUCUGCCUUCCGACAGUUGAGCAGUGCAGCCCCACCACACUGUCGGCUGCUGGUACUAUUGAACUUGUGUCCAGUUUGCAGGCUUUUUAUGGGCAUUUGGCUAGCCACUCUGAGAAUAGAAUGCUAGCUAGCUAGGCCUUUGGUCUGAUUGAGUGGCUCCCUUUGAAUGUCUUUAUGUUUCCCAUUGCCUGUUUACCUGAUCUUUUUAACAGGAGAUACUAGGGACUGAACCUGGGGCUUCUGCAUGCAAAUCAUGGGUUCUGCAACUAAGCUGUGGUACCUUGCUCAGGUGCCUGGGGGAGAGAUCAGGAACUGUGUGCAACUGAACGACGUGAUGAGCCACAGGACUGCAAUGAACUCACUAGGCAAGCUGCUAUUCUCUUAGGCUGGAACUAGACAUGGUGACAGACAUGGGCUCUGCUGCUGCUGAAAACAAGAAUCCCUCUGUUCUUUCUGUUGUUAUUAUUAAUAAUAAUAAUAAUAAUAAUUUAAACUUCUAUCCCACCCUUUCUGAAGGAGCCCAGAGCAGCGAACAAAACACUGAAAACAUUUCAAAAACAAAACAUCUUUAAAACAUUUUAAAAAUAAAACAUCUUAAAAUUUUCUUUUAAUUAAGAAAACUUUAAAAAACCAGUUCUAGCACAGAUGCAAACUGGGAUAAGGUCUCUACUUAAAAGGCUUGUUGAAAGAGGAAGGUCUUCAGUAGGCGCUGAAAAGAUAACAGAGAUGGCACCUGUCUAAUAUUUAAUGGGAGGGAAUUCCAAGGCGUAGUGCCACUACACUAAAGGUCUGCUUCCUAUGUUGUGUGGAAUGGACCUUCUAAUAAGAUGGGAAUGGAAUUUAUUUGGCUGUUUCCUGUAACUGACCAAUGUAACAAAAAAUGUUGUAUAUCCUUUAUAGCUGACAUUUUCAGCUGAGCAUGUGGCCUUCAGUGCUGCCUAGCUGUUCCUGUGAGGAUUAUGAUUUUUUUUAACCCCUGGAUACAACUGACCCAGUGUUUUCAUCUGUCCGCUUCUAAUCUUGCUCAUGUUAGCAUAACGUGGACGCCCACGUGGUUUGAAAGAGGCUGUUAGGAACAAGAAUAGCUGCAAACAUACCGUUCUGUCCUGUUUGUUUAAUUCCAUGCAUGAAUUGCUUUAAAUGAAAUAACUCAAAGUGAUUGCACAAUAAAAACAUCAGCAAUGGGAACAGUUACACAGUUUCAUAUCUAAAAGCAGUUGUAACCAUUGUAAUGCAAUGCAGUCUAGAAUAAACUGAAACCUAGCCUCCGCUGUGUGUUUGAUCAAUGUUGGCUUUAUUAACGUUGGAAUAUUUUGAA